GUGAAACACGCUUAUCGGCUGCUAGCCAAACGGCCAGUCUUGCAUUGCUCACAAACGCGAAACGUACAGCCAUGCCAUAAAACCCGCGAAAAAAACAAUUAUUAGUGUUUUUUUAAUUAAAAAGAACGAAACAUUAAGUUCAAGUGAAACGUGACAAAUAAAACGUUACUCAAUGGCGGUAAAGUUAAUCGUUUUUUUGUGCGUUAUUGUGAUAAGCAAAGGCGUUGAUAUCGGCAGCCUGAAACUCGAUCAGGUUUUAAUAUUGAGCCGGCAUAAUGUGAGAACUCCUUUGACAGACAGUUUGGAAAAAUACACGCCUAAGCCAUGGCCGAAAUGGAACGAAAGCGCGGGAAUUUUGACACAAAAAGGCGCUUUACUCGAAGGUAUCAUGGGAAAAUAUAUAUCUGAAUGGCUGGACAACGAAGAUUUAAUUGAAGGAUGUCCUGAACAAAAGGAGGUACUUAUUUAUGCUAAUACAAAAUCAAGAACAAUAGCUACGGCGCAAGCAUUCGUCGAUUCCGCGUUCCAAAAUUGUAACGUGACAGUCCGACAUCUUGAAGAUUUGACAGUUUUCGACCCUGUCUUCCUCCCAAUCGUCCACAAUAACUCUGAAAUUUUUAGUAACCAAAUUGGCGAGGAAAUGAGGGCAAAAAUAAAGGAUUUAAACUUGACUGAAUCUUAUUCGGAGCUUGCUAAAAUAUUAAAAAUAGAGGAAGCAGAUAUAUGCAAAUCACUUUACCUAUGCGAUUUAAAUAUCGCCCAAACUGAGGUGGUACUAGAAGUAGGCGAAGAACCGAAUGUUAGUGGGCCACUGUUUAUCGGAAAUGCCAUUGUAGACGCAUUUAUAAUGAGUUAUUACGAAGGUAUGCCCCUCGAAGAUGUAGCCUGGGGCCAAAUCCAAACCCCAGAACAAUGGGAGUUAUUGGCAAAAAUCAGCAAAGAAAAUCAAAAUGUACGAUUUAACCUCACAUUAGGCUCAAAAGACAUCGCUGGGCCUUUAAUAAAGUACAUGUAUAAUAUCUUCGAAGACAAAUCACCAAAAUUCACAAUGCUUGUAGGACAUGACUCAAAUUUAAACUCUGUUAUCAGAGCGUUAGAGUUCAAACCGUUUAAGCUGAGCGAGCAAUUUGAGCCAUACCCGAUUGGCGGAAAAUUAAUGUUUCAAAAAUGGGUGGAUUCGACAAACGAGUACUUGAAAAUAGAAUACUUAUAUCCAAGUACGUCUCAACUGAGGAAUGCUGAAAUACUGUCACUUUCGCAUCCCCCGAAAAAGGUUUUAUUAGAAUUAAAGGAUUGUAAAACUGAUUCGAACGGUUUUUGUUUAUUCAGUGACUUUAUGAAAUUAAACGUGUACUGAUUUCUUU